UUGAAAAGUAACGUCGGCGGGGACGCCACGCCAGAACUUGGCGAGAACUGACUGCCAUCGCUGGCUGCAGAAACACAGCGAGUGAGACAUGCGGUGGGCGCCGGGCUGAUGACCGCCCCCUUUUUGUUUGCGUGCUUCGAACUGGUCGGCUUCGCGGUUUGGAUAAUUACGCCUUUGUGUGAACUGAAGGCCUUUGGAAAGUGACACUGUCUUCGCGUUACCUGCGAGCGAAAAAAAGAAAGUGCGAGAGUGAAAGAGUCCCCCUUGGAUGAACUUCGUCAUGAAUCUAGCUUGGUUGGCCUGCGUCGUUACGACUGCGGCCGCCUUAGCCAACGCCCGUGGCCCUUCGAGCUGCGAGUCCAAGCUGCACAACUGCACCGACCUGGUCAAGCCUUUCCUGAACGACCUGCGGUACAUGUUUCCCACCACAAUCGAAGACGUCGACGACAUGUGCAAGAUGUGGAGCCGCUUCGUGGACUGCAUUCGCCGAUACGUGACCGACUGUGCCACCGAGGACCAGAGGUCAAAGUUCAACAACGCCGUCGGCGAUUCGAUCGACACCGUGCAUGCAAUAUGCAGCUCAGAGCGCUACCAGAAGGAGUAUCUUCAGAACGCGUCCUGCUUCCGCAAGGUCUCCGUCGACAACUGCGGCGUCUUCUACACAGCCAUGGUGGACCAGGUCACCAACCCGGCCUCCAGGCAUGACCACAUUUGUUGCUCGUACAGCCAGUUCAAGAGCUGCGUCAGCGAGCCACUGCUGAGGUUGUGCGGAAACCGGGCGAGGACCAUCAUGGACCACUCCAUGGCUUUCCUCAUCGACCGCUGCGGGAAGUCCUACUACUCGUUAUCGUACAAGUGCCCCCGGGCUCGAGCACUGCCGCUCUCGAGCAACGAGGGCUCGCCAAGUCCCAUCGUCUCCUCCUCCGCGCCCACGGCAGGUUCGGGCCCCGCCGGCACGAGCACGCGGCGCCCCAAGAAAUCCGUGGUCUCCAUCACCACCUGGUACCCGCGCACGGCUGUCUACACGCUCAAGCCGACGCCCAGCAGCCAGGUGUCCCGCUACAGUGCCGCCGCCCCCGUGAGACCCAGCGCGGUACUGGCGUCGGCGCUUCUCUGCGCACCGCUGCUGAUACCAGCGUUACUGGCCAGGUCCAGAUGAGAGUGCGGAGCCGGCCAGAUCCUCGGCUGCUCGGGUGCAAGGGAGAUCAAGCGGCCAGCGGGAGACCUGUUGACGCAGAAACAAUGCUUCGGGGCUGCCAGUGGUUAUGAUAAGGCUCUAUUAGAACGGGGGUUGCCCAUUGGUCUACUAGGUGUCAGGGGGUAGGGGAAUCGUAGAUGUCGACGGGGGCCAGCUAGCGAGAAUUACCGUCCUCCGUGUGGUUACAACGUACGGAGGACGCCCGAUUUCGCAGCAAAAGGCUACAGCGCCCGCAUGACACUGCUAACCUCCGCCGAGAAACAGAUCCCCUCCCGAAAACUAUCAAUGUAUCCGUUUGCCCACGUAUCUUGCCCCCGGAGAUUUGUCCUCUAAAGCCGCGCAGUCGAGGGCUCGGGGCAAUCCCAAAAGUGAACCACGGGUCUCCGGCAGCUAUUCCAGGAAAGGGGAUGAAAAAAAAAAAGCACGGAAGAAAAACGGGAACGGAAGUGUGAUCCCUCUGCACGCGCUUACGCAGUGACUGCAGCCUCUUGUAUGAUAUUACCACGAGGCAAACGUUCGCUGUUGUACCGCCUCUACUGUACAGUUUGUGGGCUAGAUGUUGCAUGGCCUGUAGCACCUACUGAGCACGUUGCGCGGUGCGUUUCCCCUGGCAGUGCAUAGGUGGCAAGUGAUGCGCUGCUGGCAUGAUGAAGCUGUAAAAAGGUAUUGGAGGUUAUAGUGAAAUAUGCGUAAUCCAAAGCAAUGCGAGGGAUAUAACCUGGAGAUACUGUUUUCGCGGCACUUUCGGUCUUCAUGUGACUCGUCCAAACGAAUAAUUUCCCCGCUCUGUUAUGAGACAGGCUUAGAGAGUAACCGAAAUAAAUAUUAUGGAUAUCAUGCGUAGAUGUCUAGAUUUCGCCCUUGCUUUGCUUGCGUCGUAUGGUACUCAUGUGUCAGUUUUAUUUCUUAACUUACUGCGGCAAAUGAGGACAAAGCUUAUAACGCGAAGAAGGUAAAAAAAAAAGGAAGCCUAGCUCCUUUGACAUUGGGUGUUGCCAUAGGCGCAACAAGAACAAAAGGAAGGAAACUGAAAUAACAGGGAGAGAAUUGGGACAAGUGGAAGAUUAUAAGAUAAUGGAAGGAUCAUAGAUAAAAAGUUGCAUUGCAGUAUUCGUCUCUAGGCGUUUACUUAAAGCAUUUUGUUAGAGCUAGUACCUUUGUUGCCUUGUGAGUGAGUAUACAAACUCUAAAUGUAGCGGAUUUUCGCCAUUCGUAUAUUAGCAGCGUAUCAGUAUAGUGGCGAAGCUGUGCAGAAAAUGAAGCGUAGUUUUCGUCGUCUGCUUCGCCUACUCAUGUCCCAGACAGUUGGUUAAACACUCCGUUACGCUUUGUCUCUUUGACUUCCAGCUCGUUUUAUAACACGGUCAAGGUCAAGAUAAGGCCAUCAGCAAGCAUGGCCAAUGCACGCUAGCCACAGCGAUGGCCAUGUCUCUGUAUGACAUGAUCGCGUAACAGACGUAGUGUGCAGUCUGCAAACCUUGCAAACGUUCAUUACUCUGGCGAAUGUUGCCUUGUUUGUUGUGGUCGCAAUUGAAGCGAAUUCUCAACUGAAAAAAAGUGAGAGAAGUGAAGAGUAUGACAGGGAGUGUGCUAUGUGGGAAAUCAAUGAAGGAAAGAAGGAAACAUACGUAUGGUGGAGUAACGCAAGACGAGACAGAGCUCGUUGCUUUCGAAUAGUGGCGUACAGCUUAAGAUGUAUUUGUAAACAGAUAAACGCAUGUGCAGCUGUCAUCUUCGCACGUAUGGCAGGCCGCUAGAUGUCUCCAUUUGCUGUGUGUGCGAAUCUCAAUGAGAUGGUUUGCGUGAGCAAGGUUAAAUGUGCGAAAACGGGAAUUACUAGUCGAGAGGCUAUCACUGGUUCAUUACCACAGGUGAAGGUGAUCGAAUGCAAGGACACCGCAAGUACCGCUAAUAUAGCUUAAAACAAUAUGUGUCAGCGAAAUUUCGCAAUGUUAUUACAGCAACACAUCCUAUGCUAAAUUCUCGGAGAUCACUGCAUGUGUAUUCACUCAUGUUCUGUGUUUCGCACUUGUAACAUACACGCACAACACUCUUUGUUUUCCGGUUGAUGUCAUCGCAUUGGGAAUAGACAUGCUUGGAGAACGUCUUGCUCGCUAGUUGGAGCUUUUAGGUUAACAUGCCCGCAGGUGCGAAUAGAUAAGCAAGACCAAAAGAACGCACACUAGCCGGUAAUGGAGCUCGUCUUGGACGUUUCUUAACUUAUUUGUUCCUGUUCGCAGCUGCGGCGUCUGCUUUAAACGCUUGAAUGCUUGGAGAAGAAAAAAAAAUACGCACAGUACCAGAACGUUGCCUUCUGUUGUAAGAUCAUGAUAAUGCUUUUUAUUUCAUCUUUUGGUCCGACCCUCUUGCAAGGGGGAUGUUAAACGACUGUUUCUUCCUGUAACGUUGUUUCAAUAAAGUUUAUUUUUCAUUUGAAA